CCGGGUCGGUGAAGGCGGCUGCGUGACGUUGCUGAAACGUUCGGGAGCCUCGCGCCUGUUAUUGUUCCUACCUCCGCGAGCCGCCUCGUCGCGCGCGCGCCUCAGGAAGCUUUUAACGCCUUUAAGGACGCGGACUGGGGGGCAAGGAAAGCGAGCGCGCGAGGAGGCGCGCCCCUGUGUGCACGCGAAGGGCCGGCGUGGGAGGUUGCUGGAGAAAACAGGUGGGCUCAGGCGGCAGCUGAAAAAGAGCGGGAGAGGGUCGCUAACGGUCUCCAACCUUCUGCAGCGCGAGCCCUGACACGGUGGGGGGAAUAGCGCCUCGUCACUGAGGAGCCAGCAGCUUCGAGGAAGAAGAGAAAGAGACGGUGGGGAUUGGACGGUCAUGGCCUACGCGUAUCUCUUCAAGUAUAUCAUAAUCGGUGACACAGGUGUUGGAAAAUCAUGUUUAUUGCUGCAGUUUACAGACAAGAGGUUUCAACCAGUGCAUGACCUUACUAUUGGUGUAGAAUUUGGUGCUCGGAUGAUAACAAUUGAAGGAAAACAGAUAAAACUUCAGAUAUGGGAUACAGCUGGGCAAGAGUCUUUCCGCUCCAUCACAAGGUCAUAUUACAGAGGGGCAGCAGGAGCUUUACUAGUGUAUGACAUUACAAGGAGAGACACAUUCAACCAUUUGACAACAUGGUUAGAAGAUGCUCGUCAGCAUUCUAAUUCCAACAUGGUCAUUAUGCUCAUUGGUAAUAAAAGUGAUUUAGAAUCCAGACGAGAAGUGAAAAAAGAAGAAGGUGAAGCUUUUGCACAAGAGCAUGGGCUUAUCUUUAUGGAGACAUCUGCCAAAACUGCUUCUAAUGUAGAAGAGGCAUUUAUUAAUACGGCAAAGGAAAUCUACCAAAAAAUACAAGAAGGAGUCUUUGACAUUAAUAAUGAGGCAAAUGGCAUUAAAAUCGGCCCUCAGCAUGCUGCUACUAAUGCAACACUUGCAGGCAAUCAAGGAGGACAACAAGCUGGUGGAGGCUGCUGUUGAACCUAUUUUUACUUACUAGCUGCCUGAUGGGGCCUACUAACUUGUUUCACGCUCCCUCGCUAAGUUUCAAUGAUGACAUGAAAUUAUUAUAAGAAGGCAUCAUGUUGCGGAAGACUUUAUUCUUCACAUUCUUGUACAACUUUCAAUAAAUGGUUAAUGUUCACUUAAAGACAGGUUUUGGAGAUUGUAUUCAUAUCUAUAUUUACAUUUGAUUUCUAAGUCAAUUGAUGUGAUUAUUUUUGUUAAAUGUUGUCUUGUGCCCUUGACUACGAACUGUAUUACACACUACAAAGUCAUCUGAGUAUUUUAAUCAGUUUGUGUAGUUAAGUUGCCCAACUAUUAUGGUUACUUAAUGUUUAAUAUUGUAGAACUGUCCUCAAGUUUUGUCCGAUUUCAAGGCUCUAAGAAACAGCAGGACUCUUAAAUCUGUAUUUAUCAUUUACUUUCUGUAUAUAUAGUUUAAUAACCUGCUUGGGUGUAUUUGCCAAGCCAUAAUUCUUUAAUGCAUUUGCAUAAAUUCUAUACUAUUUAGAGCUUGGAAGUACAGAAGCAUUAUUAGAAAUUGCUUGGACGCUUAAUUUUAAACCUUAUUGACAUUAUUAGCAUGUUCGUCCUCUAGUCAUUACCCCAAAGUCCAAAAAAUGCUUUAUGUAUAUUAUUAGAAGCUUCAUAUGCAUUACCUAUUUUAAUGCCAAAUGUUUGCUAAUUGCUCACCAUUUCCACAGCACCUCUUCAGAAAUGGAUUAGCUGUUUGCCUUAAUAUGUAGGUUAAAACAUACUAUAAUGAAUGAAAAUACAGGAAGCAUUGAAACUCAUAAAAUGGCACAUUAUGAAGACUUCAAUCUUUCUAAAAAUGUUUUAUUUGCCACUUCCUUUCUAGGUAUGUUUUCAUCAAGGACAGUUUUUCAACUUAGCUGUACAGUGAUUGUGUAAAGUUUUUCUUUUUUUGUUUUUUUAGUGAAAACUUGUAAUCUUAAUAUGGUAAGCAUCUUGUCUGUUGUGAAGGGGGUGUGACAAUAAAACUGCCAGAGUUAAAAUCCUGAUAAAAGCCAAAACAAAAUGCUUUAGUGCUCUACUCCACUUGGUGACUUUAUUUUUAUUUUCUCUAUACUUCCUUUGAAUUGGUUUAUAGCACUGUUUAUAAAGUCCAGCUUAACUAUAUAUAUAAGUUCAGAAUAUUAAAUGGGACUUGUAAACCAG